UUUUAUGGAAUGCUUGGGGUGUAGGUCAUUCGCAAGUACAAUGAUGUGACAUAUAACAGCAGACAUGCUACAUCAUGGCCAUAAAUUGCAAGUUUAAGAUGGCAAAUUUGCAGAAUGUUUGUGUUGAAGAACUGAAGUAUUUCACACUUUGAGCAGAUGGUCCUCUGAAAUGAGACUGAGUGAAAUCACAUAGGGGCAGAUGAAACUUGCAUUGAAGAAGCCUGUCAUAUGAGACCUACCUGCCAGAUAGCACUGAGAAAGGAGAUUUGAGAAAUCGGGCCCUAUGUUCCAGUAUGAGCCAGAGCAUUUGAGCUUUAAAUUAUCUGGAAACCUUGUUGUGGGUGAUUGUUUUAUGUAGACUAAAAUAAUGGCAGAUCCAAGAGUGGAGAUUUCUUCAAUGCCUGUGAGGAGACAUGUGCCGUGGCUAGUAGUUUGUUUCCUAAUUUUUCUACAUUCACUUGAUGUUAGUUGCCAGGAAUAUUUAGACUCCAUCUCUGGGGAUGAUGACGUAACUUCCUUUGAAGGUUCCACAGCUGAAGAUUUGCACAGAAACGCAUCAGGAAGCCUUUCCAAUGAGAAUGAACUGUCUGGUGAUGGCAGUGUAAUCACAACAGACACUCGUGAUAUUACUGAAUCUCCAUCAGGAUUUUAUCCAGAAAUUGAAAGACCUGAACCUGAUGAUCAAUACCGCACAGCUUCUGGAGAUCUUGACCUGGAAGAACCCGGGUCCAGCAUGCCUACAGACACAGAUUAUCAUUAUACUAACCAGCCAGAUGCUUACAUUUCUGUUUCUAUCCACACAAGAACACCAUUUACGCACCAACAAGGAACUCCAGUUAUGGAGAUGGAGCCGCUUCCCAUUCGUGAUCCCUCAGAGGGAGAAGUUACUGACGUGUUGGAAGCAUUAAGAUUGUCAAGUACAGUUGGUGUCUACGAAGUGGAAGGAUCCCAAAUUAACUUAAAGGCUUAUCGCCUAGAGCCAAGUACACAGAUUAGGAGAGAAUCAAGAUUUGUUCAUCCAAGUGGGUUCCCCAAAGAAUUUUCAGUGGUCACAACGUUUAGAAUGAGAGAAAAUACCCCUAACAUGGUAUGGAAUCUGUGGGAGAUAACUGACAGAUAUGACAAUGAGCAGUUCCGACUCCGACUGUAUGGUGAGACCAAUGCUAUUGAGCUCUACAAUGUGGCAGCAGUAGGAGAGGAGGUCACCACUUUUGAGAAUGUGGGACAGCUAUUUAACCAGGACUGGCACAAGCUCUCACUUAGUGCCACAAAAACCCAGCUGACUCUGUUUAUUGAUUGUCAGCAGGUUGGCACAGCUCCCAUUCGACAAUAUGGAUUCAUUGGCACAGGUGGAGCUACUAUUUUAGCUACAGGAGCAAGGAGCAAUACUACACUUCCAGUGGACGUACAACAAUUCACAGUCUAUAGAAACCCAAGUAAAGCGAGUGAGGUAACCUGCUGUGAAUUGCCUGGUAUUUGUGACAGACAAAGCAUUGCUGGCACUUCAACAGGAUGUCCCUGCAGACCUACAAGACCUGGAUUCUUUGGAUUCCAUGGUCCAAAUGGCUAUCCAGGUGACAAAGGCAGAUCUGGAUUUCCUGGAUCUCGGGGUAGAAAGGGUUAUCGAGGUUUUAAAGGGGCCCAGGGAAGACGAGGCGAUCCAGGACCAAGGGGUGAAAAAGGUGAAGAGGGUUCUCAUGGAGAUCCAGGUUACUCAGGAGCUAUGGGUGUUCCUGGACCCCCUGGAGAGAAAGGUGUGCUUGGUGCAAAAGGGAAAAAGGGUGCUGCUGGAUAUUCAGGGCCACAAGGGGAACCAGGACCCAAGGGUGAAAUGGGAGAUACUGGAGAACCUGGUGAAGAAGGCAGUGCUGGGUCCCCUGGAGAGGUGGGUUCUCCAGGAAACCCAGGACCCUCAGGGCCCCCCGGUAUCAAGGGAUUAAAGGGAUUCCCUGGUGAUCCUGGAUUCUCAGGAGAUAUUGGGGAACCAGGAGAUAUGGGAUACCCAGGAUCAAUAGGACAUGUUGGAACUCCAGGCAGAAAGGGUGAAAUUGGAAUGGCAGGAAGACCUGGUAGUGAUGGCAUACCAGGUGGUCAUGGUCCUCUGGGAAUACCAGGAAUAUUAGGUGAAACAGGACAAAUAGGACCAAAGGGCAAUAGAGGGGAUCCGGGUCCAAGAGGACCACAAGGCCCACGUGGUUUUCCAGGGAUGAAAGGUGAUGCUGGGCAAUCCGGAAUACCUGGAAAGCUGGGAGCAAAGGGAGUGAAAGGCUUCCCGGGACCACAAGGUGAACCAGGGCCUGAUGGCCAGAAGGGUGAAACUGGAAAAACUGGAGUUCAAGGCAAAUCAGGACCCAAGGGUGAGAAAGGUGAUGUGGGUGACAAAGGACAGUUUGGACGACCUGGCCCUCCAGGACACGUUGGAGUUGAAGGCAGACGUGGCGUCCCUGGAAUUCCUGGACCACGAGGCUCUCCAGGGCCCAUGGGGAAACGAGGUGAAGCAGGGCAUAGAGGGGAACCAGGACCUGUGGGAGCACAUGGUCCAGGAAUGCCCUUGGAACAAGUUUAUGAGUUGUGCAAAAGUGUUGUGAAUGAACAAUUAGCAAUCUACGCAUUUGCAAUCCGAAGGGCAUGUGCAAGGGCAUGUCCAACCAACAAUGUAACAUUGAUAGGGCCCCCUGGUCCUCCUGGAUUACCAGGGAAAAGAGGAGAACAAGGUGAAUUUGGUAAUGCUGGAAAUCCUGGUAAACCUGGACCAAGGGGUAGACAAGGAUUAGCUGGAUUAAGGGGUGCUCCUGGAGAGCCAGGAGAUAAAGGUGAAAAAGGUGUAAAAGGAGCUCAAGGGGUUGGACUUCAUGGAGCGGAAGGAUUACAAGGACCAAGAGGCUAUCCGGGUUACCCAGGUGAUGCUGAAGAAGGAGAACCAGGUCCGCGUGGGCCAGUGGGAUAUACUGGACCUUCAGGACAACCAGGAAUGCCUGGCGAGCAAGGAGUUCCUGGGAUUUGUGAAACUAGUGACUGUGGAAUCCAUGCUGUUGAUUUUCAGACCCACUACAGACUUCUGAAAAGACCAAAUUAUUAGCAUUCAGCCAAUUACAACGGCAUACUGUGGAAUUUUUACAAAAAUAAAGAUAGAAAGAAUUGAUCAUCAUGAGAAAGAAAACAGCUAACAUUGUAUUUUGAGCACCUACAGUCCACAGUAAAACAGAUGUUAUCAAUUUGAUAAUAAAUGGUUUGCUUAUCUGUUAGGUUUAUUCGACACCAUUAAAAUUGUGCUCAAUGAUUAUUCUUCAAAUUAUGUAUUUACAAAAAUAGCUAGUCAGAUUUCUUUCCAUAAUAUAUUCACACCUUUUUUCCUAAUUUGCUGUCUCCUAUUGGCAGUUUGAAACCCCCGUUUAUUUUUCUCCAGAUAUUUUCUUUUUUUUUAAAAGAAAUUAAUAAAAGAACAUCAGAGGGGGCAAAUUUAAUCCCAAAGUACCCAGGCAAUAGCAGAGAAAAUUAUUUUUAAUGUUGUUUAAACUAAAAUUAAAUGAGCAACUUCAGAAACAAAAGGCCAAAAUAAAUGUCAACCCAUAAUUAUUUAUACCUUUCAUGGUACCACUUUUAGAGGGUUUUGUUAUCACACUUGCACUUAAACACCUAGACCACUGGUUCCCCAAAAUGUUUUGCUCAUUCACCCCUGCUCAGACCGAUCAUUCAUUUGGAAGCAGCUACAGUCAGCUUCUCUUUCAACCAGCCAGCCCUCUAAUGAAACACGUCUUGUAAUUUUAAUGAUUUACAUGUUAAUGUACACAUGUCUACAGUAUUUUUUAAAAUUAAUUGUGAAUGUGAAGGCCAAGAUUGUUUGUUUUUUUUUUGAGCAUAAGCAUUUGAAAUCGGGAGAGUCUACCACUGAUGAAUACCACCCCUGACCCAUCAAAAAUGUACUCAUAGCCCCUCUUUUCAACCCUGAUCUGCCCCCUACUCAUCACAGUGAGCCUCUUUCCAACAUCACUUCCCUCCUUCUAAUGGCAACACCUUUUGUAAAUCAUUUCAAUUACACAUUACAGGUAAACAUAUAUCUACAAUGAUAUUUCUGAUUGAAAUUUCAAUGUGAUGAAUGAACUUGUUUGUUAGACCCUAAGCAUUUGAAGUAGAAUGGCCCUUCCCCUAGUCACUUACUCAGCAACCUUAUUUCCCAAAAUCUAUCCAGUCCCAUUUUCACCUCCAUCAAGCCAAAUCUUUUACUUGUAUUUUUAUUUCAAGAAAGGGUGGCACUUGUCCUUUAUUACUUGUUGCUGAUGUUAGUGUAGGAAAAGGAGACUAUUGUAAAUUCUGCAUACAGGGGAGUUAUCCUGUUUGUGUUGGAACUCAGCAAUGUAUUUCAAGCAAACUGAUUCUGAUGUUAUCAGGUUAAUUUCCUGUCUUGCCUAUGGCAAUGGACCUCACCUUACUGCCAAUGCGCUUUGGAAAAUCACAAUGUUCAAAUGACUUUUCCAUGCGGGCUGGCAGAGAGCAUGGUCUUAGAAAAUACACUUUUAUCUGAUCCAAUAAAGAACACAUUUAACUCAAGUCAGCUAACAACAGUACAAGAUCAAAUCAACGUAAUAUUCAACAUAGAAUGGCACAAAUGACAACAUCGACAAUGCCUUCUUAUUAAACAAAAUUACACGUUGGAGGAGGUUUUAAGUUUUUAUCCCACAUAUUCAGUCUAUACUAGCUCAGAGGCAUAUAUUAAACAACUGGGGGCAGCUACCUGAUUAACUAAAGAGAAUUUAAAGUGUUAAGACCAAAACAAUUAAAGAACAAAAUGCAAAGAAUAUAAUAUUUCAAAGAGAGUUGUAAAGAUUUGUUGGUUGUUUGCCAUUUGGUGAGUUGCUCUUACAGAGAACUGGCAUAGAUACGACAGGCUGAAUGGCAUGAGAUUUCAUUUAACAGCUAUUAUAGCAAUACUUAACUUCCCAGCAUAUGAAAAUAAAGGGAAUUAUGAAAAAUACAGAAGUCACAAUGUCCAUUGGACUAGUGUCAACAAUUUAUCAGGCACCAAAUGCACCCUACUAUCAUUGUAUUGUUUUCAAAGUUGUUUUCAAAGCUAUAAGAAGUAUUUGUUCUUAGGAAGAACAAACCCUCAGAUGAAGGCAGGCAAGGGGAUAAUGGUUUUUGUCCCAUAGUCAUUGGCCGAAAGGGUUGAAACAAUUGAUUGACACAACAUAAGUUACCUGCCCUAAAAAUAUGAUAUAACAAUAAAUGGUCAGGGAAGAGGGCAGUUCUUAUUAAGGAGACCUUGCAGGCAGCAGUUCCUAUCAGGCGGUAUCCUGAGAGUAGUCUUCAAUGGACAGUCUUCACCAGGCAGAUGGACAACACACCAUAAGGACAGGGGAAGACCCAGGGCAGAGUUCUCUAACACCUUGGCUAAAGAGCAGGAUGCUGCCCAUACCACUUUAAUGAGACCAAACACUCCACAUGCCAACAGCCUGCUCGUCCUCUAGCAUCAGUGAAUCUUCCCCAGUUGUUACAGUUGUGUAUGUUCAUUAUCUAAUUAACUAAUGUAUCAUAUCUAAACUGCUGCUUCCUUACGUACUCAAUAAACUGUCAGAAAAUUACCUAUAAAUCAUUAGCUGCCUAUAUUAGGUAAUUGUGAUCACAAACCCUGAAAAUCAACAGUGAACAAGAUAGUUCUCUACAACAGUCACUGAUAGUUUCAUAGCAGUAAUUACUUACACCACAUUUUAAAAAUGGAAUUUAUUAAUGAAUUGAAUUCAAAUUCCAGCAGCUUUUGAAGUGGGAGAUGAAUCCAGAUCCUCGGAGUACAAGUUUGGGCUGCUGGCUUUCUAUAGUGACAUUAACCUUAGGCCACCAUCUCUUCAGCUAAUUAACGUUCUGCAGUGUGUCUGUCUUCUGUGUGCCUUUGCCUGUCCCAUUGCUCCUAUGCAAUGCUACCCCAAUACAUGCUCUGAGGUAUUCUUUAAAUGCUCAGUUCAUUUAGUCUCAUACCAUGACCAAUGCAGGCAAGAUGUAACCAUGAGUUUUAGGUCAAAGGUCAAGUUUGUCUGCAAGUGGCUGCUAGGAAUGGUGGGAGAGCCCACAGGUGAGUCACACAUGGCCAAUGCUGGAAUAUUGUUCAUAUUUACACUUAAUCAUAUUUUCAUGGCAUGCUCUUGUUCACUCUGUUACUGGCUACAGAAACACAGACACAGCUAAGAAUUUUACUGCAUUGUUAAAUGGCAUUCAUUGUCAGAAAUUUCUAACUUUCAAACAAAACCUUAAGCAAAUUUGUAAUUUUACAAUGAUAUUGAUGGUGAAAUGUUUCUAUAUCCCUAUGCCUCAGAUCAAUAUCAUUUCACUACUGCAUGAAUUAAAUCAAAUCUUUUUAUAUAUUUCUUGCUACUUUUGACAAUUUCUGUGAACGAAACUAACUAUAUUCAAAUUUAGGUAUGAAAUUUUAAUUUAACAUAGGAUCAAGAAAGCACUGUGUGACAGGAUUCCUCAUCAAAUAUUGGAAUUGUAACAAAUUAAAACUAUGUAUUU